GAUGGUUAUAAGGUUGUGUGCAACAACGGCGUUCGGCUUGAGUCUAUCGUCGUCGUUUUCCUCGUUGGGCCGGGCAUUGUAUCUGCAACGCAUAAACUAAAAAACUAAACACCAACACUCUUUAUGGACUAAUAGUCUAAUAGACUAGCAACAACGAGCAACAAACAACUGCGGCUUUUGUUUCAACUGAUCACAAAUGUGAAAAAUUUUGUUAUUAAAUUAAAAUAUAAGUCAAACUACGAAACGUAAAAAAAUAAAUAGUAUUUUUUUUUUUUGUGAAAAUGCGCCGCGGGUUGCGUUGUCAAAAAACCUUUUAGAAAAGUGCUAACACCGGUAACGAAAUGUAAAAAAAAUUGAUGCAAAAUAACAAAAGACAAUUCAAAGUGUUUUUUUUUUUUAAUAAAAAAAAGUAAACGAAUUUUCAAUUUUUUCCCCUCGACCACAUUCAUAAUAAAAAAUUAAUUUUAAUUUUAUGGGAAUUAUACUCUUGCCGCCAACAAGAAAUUAAAUAUAAAAGAGUGCGUGUGUGUGUGUGAAUUAUUGAUUGAUAUGAAAUUGAAAAAUCACAAAGAAAUAUAAAACAAUAACAGAAAAUAUCAAUUCUCCAACAACGGCGGAUGUUUAAGAAACAAAAAAAAAAAACGCCAGCUAACAAAAAAACACCCCCGACUUUUUGUGAGUCUGAUUAAUUUGCAUUUGAAAACAGCAUAAAUCCCACUAAAGAAAAAAAAUAAAAAGUGAAGAAGAUAAAAAAACUUAAGGUGAUUUCGAAAUACAAAGAGUUUUCAUUUGAUUUAUACUAUACCUGCUUUAGCAAAGUGAAAUUUGUAAUCAUAAAUUUGAGAAAGAAAUUAAAAAAAAGUUCAUACAUAUAUUGCCAAAAUAUUUGCAAAAGCAAAAAUCACCACAAAUAAAUUGAGUGAAAAAAGUGUAACAAUAUCAUAAAUCCCUCUAAUUUGUGAGUUUAACAUUGACUUGCAAUAUUUUGUCAAUUUUUGCAAGAAAUUUUGCAGAAUCUUUACCUCUCCUUUUUGGACAUAAACAAAACCUCUCCUUUUCUGUGUGGAUUAAUAUAAGCUGAACCCAGCUGAGCUGUCAACAUUUGCUGCAGUUUGCAAACGAAGAAAUUACAAAAACAAAGAUCACACACACACCACCACCACCAGCACUACCGCCACUAGCAGACAGCAGCAGCACACUCAAAGAAUUGUAGCCUUAUUGAAAUUAAUUGCUGCUGUUUGACACCAACACUGGCACACCAACACUGGCACACCGAUUGCCAGCCAAGCAAACUUAUCUCCUGGCUUGUUAUGGCUGUUCAAGUGACAAGUCAAUGCGAUUUACUAGCAGCACGGAAUAAUGUCUUGUUUUCUACUCUCUAAAUUUUAAAUUCGUUUACUUACGUUUUGUGUGUGUGUUUUUUUUUAGUUUUGUCCACGGGAAAAUUCGGUUUUGUAUAUUCCCCCCCUCCCCCCCAAAAAAACGACUCUUUUUUUUGUUAUUAAAGAAGUAGUGAACUUUAAAAAAAAUUAUUUUCCCCAGUUAACGCGAACUUUUAUUGAAAAAAAUUUGGAUUUUUGGUUUUGAGUUUUAACCCGCGAAAGAAAAAGACAUUAAACGAACAAAAUGGCUAUGCUCGAAGCACGGCCAUAUCGACCCUUCAAGUCCAGUGAAGAAUAUCUGGAAGCCAUGAAAGAGGAUUUGGCCGAAUGGAUGAACACUCUCUAUCCGGAAUUAACCAUAAAUGCAGAAAACUUCAUGGAUAGAUUGGACACAGGUGUAGCACUAUGCAAGCAUGCCAACUAUGUCCGCCAAGCAGCUGAGGAAUAUUUGGCCCGACGUCAGGCACGCAAUAAAUCGAUGACGCGCUCGAUAACUUCUGGCUCGGCUGGGCCCAUUUUGGCCAUGGGCAAUGUUCACUAUUUGAUUGGAGCAAAAAGCGGUACAUUCUUUGCCCGCGAUAAUGUUUCAAAUUUCAUAACAUGGUGCAGAAAAAGCCUUAAAAUUAUAGAGUGCCUCUUAUUCGAAACAGACGACCUCAUUAUGAGAAAAAACGAGAAACAUGUAAUUUUAUGCCUUUUGGAAGUUGCCCGUAGAGGAGCGAAAUUCGGUAUGCUGGCUCCCAUGUUGGUUCAAAUGGAACGUCAAAUUGAUCGAGAGAUAGCCGCUGACAACAAGGCCAAUGGCAUUGGCUGUGGCACACAAACCGAAUGUGAUGGCACACAGACCGACAUUGGCGUGGGAACAGAGACCGUUGGCACCGAAACUGACAUUUUCGAUGACAGUGAUAGCGAAAAUGAAGAUGAUGACGAUCAAGGUCCCAUGUUAAUGUACGGCCCACAACCACAAAUCAUCACAAAUGAUUUGAAGAGUCUUGACGAGAUGGUCCGGGAUUUGGUUGAGAAAUGUACCUGUCCUUCACAAUUCCCCAUGGUUCGUGUCUCUGAGGGAAAAUAUCGCAUUGGCGACACCAAAGUCUUAAUAUUUGUUCGUAUAUUACGUUCACACGUUAUGGUGCGUGUUGGCGGUGGCUGGGAUACACUCUCACACUAUUUGGAUAAACAUGAUCCUUGCCGCUGUAAAGCUCAGCAUCGUUCAUCGGUGGCUGCCCGUUUAAUACCGCGAGCCAAUCUGCAGACAAAUGGCAUUGAGCUGCACAAGGCUCAGGUGAUAUUCGAAAGAUCACCACCAACGGCACGCAAAAGUAUUUCCAAUCACAACAGCAGCGCAGCAGCAGCAACCACAACAACAACAACAGCAAACCAUGGCAUGGCCAACAACGUGAAUACCUCAUUGACAAGCAACAAUAAUUCGACUUCUUCAUCGUCCUUGCUGGCGCCUGUCUAUGGAAGUCUCAACAAGAAUCGUAGUCCUAGUCCAACUGUACAACAGCGUAAAUUCUAUACAGCAAAUCAAGCGCAUCAGGAUGUUGUAGGCGCUGGCAAUUCUUUGGCCUCACCUAGUGUGGCCCGCCGCAGCAUGUCACCAAGUCCUAGACGUCUAAUUGAUAUGCGCAAAAAACAAUCCUCUUUGGAGUCUUAUAACAAUGGACCCAAGUCAUUGCCCAUCACAGUGGAACACAGUGUCAAUGGGAGCAACACAAGUAACGGUCAUGUGCAAUUCGAUAGUUUUGAUCAGUCCUCGUCAUCGGGUCAUGGUAAUGCUACUCAAAGUUCCGAUACCAGUGCCAAUAGUAAUAAAUUCGAGAAUAUCAGUGACAAUGGUAGUGAGAUCAGUGAUGAAGGAUAUCGCAGUUUGGGUGUCAUACAAUCAUCGGCCCAGAAACGUGAAUCCAUACAUAGCCAAGCUUCAAUGGAUGACGCAGAAAAUAAUGUGCGUCACGAUCAAACAUCAAGUGAUUCUCAAUUUUCGCCCAGUGAAGAUGCAACCACAACAUCUCAAAAAACUCCCGAAACUAUGGAGAAUAGUUACAACACACAAAACGAAGAUGAUUUAAAUCACACUGACAUUGAUGUCGGUCCGCAAUCCUUGCCAGCUGUACUCAAUGCUGAACAAAUUCAAGUUGCCACAAAUAAAUUUGAACAAUCUGGCAUCUACAUAACAGAUGAAGCCAUUACUGUUGACAUAGCCGAAAAUACCGGUCUAAAGAAAAGUGGUUACGCCAAUAAGAUAUUCGGUUCAAGCAGCGAGGAUACCACAGAUGGUACCAAGGUAGCAACCGCGGUGGCAACCACUAAGAAACCCACAGCCAAGGAACAAAUUGUUGGGGGAGCCACAAAUAAAAGCAAAAUUGCCUAUUCCCCGCUGGCAACACCACAAAGAAGACGCAGUAUCGAUAACAGCACUUGCAAUACCGGCAGUCUGCAAGAUUUGCAUUCACGCACUGGCUUGCCGGUAAUGAAUCGAGCCAAGCCCAUCUACAGAUCAGUGAGAAAGCCACCAUCGGCAUUUGGUUCCAUAAAUGAGGCCAGAAAAAGUAAAUCUCCAGCCCCAGUGCCUGCAACUGUUGCCAAGGAUGCCCAUAACACCUGGAGUGGUCGAAAUGCCAUCACUGGCAGUAGCCGCAAACGUCCCACUCUGUCAAGUGAUACAUUUACCCCUCAUCCAAGUGGCACUGGCAAUGCUGCUGCCUCCCCAUUCGAGCGCAACUCAAAAACUCGAUCAUCACACAUUCUAUAUGACAGCAAUGGUCGUAGAAUAAAGGGAUGCACCGCUUCGCUGACAACUUCGCCUGUGAAAAAUCAUGCCAAUUCCCCUUUGGCCCAACAAUUAUUAGAAGCUGCCAGCAGCGCCAAAAAUGAUGCACAAAUUCUAGAGAAAAUGAAAACUCUGCUGCUGCAAUACUCCAACACCAAUUCCAAGGUUCAAGGCGGCGGCCAACCUUCGAAUGCGGCACGUUCUCAAAAUCCCAAGAAAUCACAAGUCUAUGAUGAUUUUACCAGCGCCUGGGUGCAUAGCAAUGGUAACUUGGAGCGUUCGGCCAGUUGUUCACCACCCACAAAGGCACCCUCGAAACGCAGCUCGGCGGCUUCGUCGUGCGAGAGUAAUAAUUCGCGUGAUAUGUCGGUGAUUGUAUCACCACGUCGUGAGCGUGGCAUGUCCAAGAUUCCAGCGCCAGUGCGCCAGCAUACAGAACUUUACUAACAUAAAUUGUUGCCACCACAAAUUCGUCGAAUUGUGGGAUUUCCGAAAUCGCCUAGAAAACCUUAGCAUUUAAUACAACAGAAUCGUCUUAACAACAACCACAACAAUACCUAAAAUGAUAAUAGCUAGUGAUUUAGAUGAACUGAAAGGAUCAAAGUCUGCAUAGUAGAAAGAAGAGAAAGUUAAAUGAAUGUAUGUUUGGUGGGCAUGUUUUUUCUACGAGAAAUUUGAACGAAUUAAUCUGGGAUUAAGAAAUCGAGAAAGUGUGAUCUACAAAGUUAAUUGAUAUGAAACAUUUUUUUACAAGCAUUGAAUGUAAUGGUAAGGCUUUUACACUGUAGUUGUAAAUAAAAUCUUUUGACCUUUUAGACUUAAAA